GCUCUCAGGGCCAGUACGCGUCUGACCACGCUGCUGAGAGCAUCCUUCUGUUAGACAGACAAUCUCGUUGGAGUAGAAGCCGAUUCUUCACGACACAUAACGAGAUGCCGAAUUGUCCAAAGUGCGACAAGCCAGUGUAUUUCGCCGAGAGGAAGACAUCCUUAGGCAAAGAUUGGCACGGUUCGUGUUUACGCUGCGAGAAAUGCAAUAAGACCUUAACACCCGGGGGUCAUGCCGAGCACGAAGGGAAACCCUACUGCAAUCACCCUUGCUAUUCAGCCCUGUUCGGUCCAGGAGGUUUUGGACGGGGCGGUGCUGAAAGUUACGUUUAUAAUAAAUGAAGUGUAAACGUAAAAGCAAUAAAGUGUGUCUAUUAUUAUAUCUAUAUAAGAGAUAAAUAAGAUAAUUGUACAAUUUCGAAUAUAAGGAGCAGUUGGACAUUGAAACAUAAAAUAACAUUCA